AAAGCGAUCAGAUCUACGUGGUGGGGUGCAGACCCUUCCACUUUAUUAACUUUCCAUAACGCCCUCGUCCAGGGAGUUUUCGACUAUGGCAGUUUCCUUCUCUCACCCCUAACGCAAUCCAAAUCAUCCACCUUAGACAGAGUCCAAUACCAAUCCCUUCGAAUAUCAUUAGGCCAAAUGCGAUCCUGCCCAACAAAUGCACUCCUAGUUGAAGCAGGUAUUCCUCCUCUCCAUCUCAGGAGAAUCUAUUUGGCUAAAAAAUUUAUCAUUAAAAAACUGUCCUUUUCUCGACACCCCUUAAUACCGCUUUUAGGUCAACUAAAUAUAAAAAUUCAGAACUCUCCCUACUGGCGACGUAAAACGAUCCCCCCCUUAAUAAUAGCAUAUCGAUUCUUUUUUGAAAUUCCUAUACACCGUAGCCCUUCCCUCUUAUACUUCACAUUUCCCCUUUCUGCCGGAUUUAUUUCUAACGCUGUAAAUUUCGACUGUGGCUUGGAAAAGGGAGAUGUGAAUAGUCCUGUACUCUCUAAUCUCAUUUUCCAAAAUUUCCUGUCAUUGAAUUAUCCAAAUAAAGAUUAUAUAUACACUGACGCAUCCAAGACCGGCACUCAGACGGUUGGAGCAGCUUUCUAUCACAGCAACGCACAGAUAUCAUGUAAAUUCAAACUUAAUACCAAAUUUUCUAUUUUCUCUGCUGAAUGCAUUGCUGUAUUAGAAGCUAUAAAAUACGUACUUCAAUCUCAUAUAGCUGAUGCAAUAAUAAUAUCUGACUCAAAAAGCCUCCUUUCGACCCUAUCCAAUCCAAUUUCCAAUCCUAAUAAUUCCUAUAUUAUAUCUCUUAUAAAGUACGAGCUCUAUAAAAUUACUAAUGAAAAUUAUUCUGUUUCUUUUAUAUGGUGUCCAUCCCAUAUUGGUGUACGAGGAAACGAAACUGUGGACUUGUUAGCUAAAGAAGGGGCACUCAAUGGAGAAAACAGCAUGUAUCAACCACCAUACAGCGAUUUAUAUUCAGAAUGUCGAUCUCAGAUUCUUGAGGAAUGGCAAAUAGAAUGGGAUUAUAGCAGUAAAAUAAAAGGCUCUGCAAUAGCUGCACUACAACCAGUACCCAUUCUUAGGCCUUGGUUCGACGGCCUACAGCUCGACCGUCAUACAAUCGUGACCAUUGGUAGACUACGUACUGGACACAAUUGUCUACCAAGGCAUCUCAACAAAAUCAAAAUCAAAAAUAAUGCCCAUUGCGCCUGCGGCCACGAUUGUUGUGAUGAAAAUCACGUACUCCUUGAGUGUCCUCUUCUUUCCCACCAAAGAGCCAUACUUUAUAGAAAUUUCAAAUCCCAAAAUGUCGCACUUCCUAUUAAUAUGUCAUACCUCCUGUCCCUAAACAAUAUAAAUAUCCUUAAAUAUAUAGCCCAUUUCUUUAAAUCUUCGUCUUUUAAAUGUCACACUAACUUUUCUCUACUGUCUAACAAUCCAUGACCCCCAACAUUUAUGUGUGUAAUCUUUUCCCAGCUCCGAUGGGUCUCGGUAGCGCCUUCCUCAAUCCUGUGUAUUACAUCCUAGCGUCUAUGUAUCGUUAUAUUAUUAUUUAUUUAUUUAUUUUUUUUUUUUUUUUGAAGUUUCUGUUUUUUUUUUUUCUUUUUUAAUAUUUUUGUUAUUUUU